AUGCCCUCUCUGCCCGACCCCGCGACCCGCCGGCCGGCGUCCAGAAGCAAGGAAGAGCGCGAGCUGUGCGGCGACUAUACGAAACACGCCGAUGCGGUGAAAAUAGGCAAACCUACUGCUCCACCCGGAAGCAGCGUGUCACACUCGAGCAAGCCCGGGGCUCAUCACCAGUUCCAUCCCGUCAACACUUUGCAGCAAUCCUCGCCCUACACCCCCCGGCCAAAGAGCGCUCACUGCGGAACCAAAUACACACCUACAGGGAGCCUCCAGUUUGAAUCUAGCAGAGGGGAGAACGUGAGGACAGCCAAGUUUCGGGACGACAGCGCAAUCCCCCACAAACGUCAGAAGCUCUCUCACCCAACGAGUCCUUCGCCAGCGGUUGUAGACCUCACCGAUGAAGACCCUCCUUUGCAGCGAGCAAAAAUGCAAUCCCGCGAGCAAGCUAAAGACCACUUCAGACAGUACCACCCCUCCCGCAGUAAUGGCUCGAUUCGCUCCAGGCCAUCCCUUUCAUCCAUGCCUUCUGGGUCAGACGAAUUCAACAAAGUGGAGGAAACCAUGAAUCCAAAAGGUUAUGGAAGUUCGCACGUCUUCCAGGAAUCAUUGGACUCUGAACAGCCUGACUUGGGUAAAAGGUCUGCGGCCCCCCAUGGACAACCGUCUCGGCCCAUUGAAGUAGACUCUGGCGAUGAGCAUCCGUCUCCCCGGAGAGAGAAAUUCAUCAUGGAUGCGUUGUUGGAAGAAAUCGCCCUGUCCCAGGACCCCCGAAAGCCGCCAGUCAAGAACAAGCUUUUCGGGCAACGCCUACCAAACGAUGAACUUCGCAACGACGAUUCGCAUCCAGGCUCACAGCCAAAGCUAGCACAAGGACAUAGCCGGAAGGAAGCCAAGGGCGGGACUGGAUCAGGCCAGUCUCAUGACGUCAGGUUCAAACCGACAGCAACAGCGGCCACCAUUGAUGACGGAAGCGAAGACGAAUUGUCACAGGAAAUUCCUAGGGCAUUGCCUAAACAGCGCGAGAAGCACAUACGGAACUUUGAUGCUGAAGAGCAAAUGACGUCGCCCUACUUUACAGAAUCCGUGGAUGUGGACCAUCACCAAACCCACCCGAGGCACCCCCCUGGCUCAGACAUGAUAAUCUGGGACCACAACAAGAAGCACUUUGCAGUUCAUGGCUUAGAGGGCCCCAUACCUAUUGGAAAUGGGGUGGCCUGUGUCGAAGGGUCGAAGGUGACUAGCAUCGUCCUCUCCAACGACGAUAGUUCAGCCAAGGUCGAGAUCCGUGGUCCUAUUAUCGGCGAUAAAGUCUACAAACGCUUUAUGGAAUUCACCAGUAACAAUGACUGUAAAGAUUUUGUGGGCGCACUCUCAACCACUGUGAAACGCGUUCCCAGGUCUAGGGAUUAUUUGGAUAAGAUAUUUGCCAAACCAGAUGACAUUCCGCCUAAAAAUUCCCUAUCAAAGCCCGUUGAUUUGGGUGUAGAACGUGCGGUUCUUGAAUCACGCGACAACCAACGGCGCCAAGGGACGGCUGACCGCAAUGGCAACAAAGAACGUACUGAGGACAAGGCAAACACAAAUGCCGCCGCUAACGGAAGACCUCGCGCCGAUUCAAGGCUCAUUUCACAGAUGCAGGUUGAUCCAUCUCGUGCCGAGUCUAGUACCCGCACUUCGAGGGCCUCACGAGCAACCGAAUCGCUGGACAUGACCACCUCUCGCACGCUUGCGAACACGCGACGCACUCGGACCAACGACGGAGAUGCCGAGAGCUCAAAGAUUGAAUACUUUGAGAUUGCCGCUCAACGUGAAAGUUCGUGGCCGCAGAUGGAUUUUCCGAAACAAUGGAAACAGCCUCUUGUUUAUCCACCAACCGGGCGACAACGAGCCCAAGUUGAUUGGGCUGAUCUCCUCAAGCUUGAAGAUGGUGAAUUCCUCAACGACAGCAUCAUCAGCUUCUACAUGACUUGGGCUGCGAAACAGGCUGAAGAACGCGGAAACCUGCGGCCGGACAAAGUGUAUUGGUUCAACACUUACUUCUACUCUACAUUGACCAAGCAGGUGAAAGGCCACAAAGGAAUCAAUUACGCCGGUGUUCAGCGAUGGACGUCAAAGGUUGAUAUAUUCUCUUAUGACUAUGUGGUGGUUCCAAUCAAUGAGGACCAGCACUGGUAUUUGGCCAUCAUCUGCAACCUUCCAACCCUCGCCAAGAAAGUCCAGCAUCAGGAACCAGAAGCAGAAAUCGAGGACAUCACCGAGAAGAAAGAUCUUCCAAGAAAUGGUCUUGCUGCCCAGGUCCACAAAGCCCUUUCUGAAAAGCCAGAACCACCAUCAGAUAGCACGAAGGAAUCAGGUGGUAUGGACGAAGCCAUGGAAGUUGAUCAGCCUGUUCGCAUCGAUGGAGCCACUGGGGGCGAGAAGCUGAACAGCGAGAGGGAUGAGGGCGAGACGAGGAUGACGACACCACAACCCAUGACCGACGACGCCCAGACCGAAACUCUAGAUGAGAUCAAAGCAGUGCCCAAUGGCCAAGAUGACACAUCGAAACUGAGUCCUGGAGGAAAGAAGGGACGGAAAAAGCAAGGGCCGCCCUCAAGAAAGUUGGACCCAGAACAACCGGUUAUCAUCAUGCUCGAUUCUCUUGAGCUCACUCAUCCCAAGACUACGAAGAACCUCAAGGCAUAUCUUGUCGAAGAGGGCGAAGCAAAGCGUGGCAUGGAUAUCGACAUGAAGACUCUCCAAGGAACAACGGCCAAAUGCAUCCCUACCCAAGACAACUUUUGCGAUUGCGGCAUUUUUGUGUGUCUGUACUUCGAAAAGUUCAUCAACGACGCCGACAACUUUGUGCAUAAGAUCUUGCGCCGGGAAAUGGAUAAAACAAGGGACUGGCCAGAUAUUUGCCCCCCGAAGACGAGACGGGACAUCUUGGGCUUGCUCACGAAGCUGGAGGAAGAACAGUCGAGGGAGCGGGACGAACAGAGGAAAAAGAGGAAAGAAGAGAAAAGAAAGCUGCUGGAAGGCAAGGGCGAUGAGUCAAGCGUAUCGAUCCGGGGGCAGAGUCCGCCAAGCACAACAGUGGAACCCGAACGCGCGUCCAAGCCUCCUUCUGGCUCACCACCGCCAGCAUUGGUAUCCACCAAGGCCGCGGAACCGCGAACUCCUACCCCACCGCCUCGCGCAAGAACACCAAAAACUGGACGCAAUCCAGUAGUGGUCAUCCAAGCGUCGCCGGUCAAGUGCCAAGGUUCCAGUACCAAUCUCGUCCUUGGCAAAAGUCCCCGGAAACGCACGUUGCCUGCUGAGACCACGGAUGUUCAGAAGCAUGACGUUGCUAUGGCGUCUACAGACAAUCGGAAGCGGAGGGAAUCACCGAUGCAAGCCCCGGAUAAAGAUUUAGCUAUGGAGGAUGCUGAGGAGCCGGUCCAGUCUAUCGAAAGACGACAUCCCGAGUGGCAUGAACAAGGUGACAGAGCUGGGCAUUCGCGCUAUGAACGAGUCGAUGACUGGAUGGAUCUGGAGAUUGAGCAAGACCGAUCUGAAGUAGAGGUUCCGGAUUCGCAACCAGAGCCAUAUGAGCUCGCAGCGCGAGAAAAGCACAAUCAGUGGGAGCUUGGGUUGAAGGAACCCUCGGGCAACAACGAGGGUCAAAUAGAGGUUCGGAAACAGCGGUCUCCGUCUCAGCGGCGGCAACAACAGAAGAAGAGAAAGACCACGCCGAUGGAGAUCAUCGAGAUUGAUGACUCGCAGCCAUGA